AUGAAAUGCGGAGUACCACAAGGAAGUGUCCUGUCACCAACACUCUUCACAAUUUACACCAACGAUAUACAACAGCCUCAACAAAACCUCAACAUCAGCUUCGCAGACGAUAUAACACAAAUGAUUGGCUACCCAGGGAGAUCUAGGAACAUGCUAAACAUCAAAACUGAGCGAGCAAUAAAGGCAGUAUCAGGUGUGGAGAGACGGGUAUCAGGUGUGGAGAGACAGGUAUCAGGUGUGGAGAGACAGGUACCAGGUGUGGAGAGACAGGUACCAGGUGUGGAGAGACAGGCUCCAGGCUCCUGGCCUGCUGAGGCUCCUGCUGGUGACCGAGGGGCGCCCAGUGUCACCACGUGUGGCAGGGUGCCCCGGUGCCCCAAGGCAGGUGUGGCCACCAAUGACACUGGUGUGACCCCCCCUCCACCCCCCGCCCCUCACCAGCCACCUCCCCCUGACACGGCGACCUCUCCCCCCGGACACACCACAGCCACCUUGACCACCACCCGCGCCACAACCAUCACAGCCGUCUGUAACACCGCAGCCCCCGGCCCUUCAUCAGCCUCCCAGCGCUCCCUCAAGGCCAUCGUCCUCCCGCUAUCAGGAUUACCGGCCGUCACAUCAACCUUGACGCCCACGCCACCACCGCCGCGCGCCCCACCCACGCCGUCACACCAGUACGCUACAGCAGGGGCCAGCAAAGUACACAGGACCGACUCCAACACAGCACCACGCCACGCAAUGACACAGAGGUCGCCAGUGGGUGAGGAGACGCGGCCUUCAGCCCCGGCGUGA